GCAAGUGUCCGUGUGAGGUGUGUUUGGGUGCGACUCCGAGGCGCGUGCGAGGCCAUGCAUACGCUUUGAUGGAGGUGUGGAGGAGCAGAGCAGUGCACUGGUUGAGCUGAGCUGAGCUGAGCUUUCGAGGAAUAUAUUCGCCUCUCACCUUUGCUGCGUUACCCCUCGCUUUUUCCAGAUUCCUUCCUUCCUCUCUUCCCCAUUAACUCUCGCUCCAUCAAUGGCCGCCUUGUACCUUGUGGAGGAAGAAGAAGACGAAGAAAGAAUAGAUUUCUUUCUUUGCGCCCAAAGCCCUCUUUCUACGCGUCGGCCGGAAGAAUUCGAUUCUUCCACCGAUCGGAAGAGAUGCGGAAAAGGAGCGGCGGAGGUGGAGGCGCGGCGCUGCACCACAACCAUCACCGGCGGGCGAUGAGGGAGAAAGCCAAGAACCAGGUGGACGACCUCCAGGCGAUGUUUGUCGGGCUGCAGUCCGCCCGCAGGGAGGGCCGGGCCGCCGACGCCGCUGUCCUCGAGGAGCAGCUCCACCAGCUGCUCCGCGAGUGGAAGACCGAGCUCAGCGAGCCCUCCCCCGCCGCCUCCGCCUGCUCCUCCUUUCUCAAGGGGCAUAGCCGCGGGCCUUCCGAUCUGUCCUCUUACAUCCGCCGCAUGCUGCAACUGAACGAGGAGGAGGAAGACGACGACGCCACGAGCAAGUUGACCGUGCUGCCACCCAAGGAUGAGCCGCUCGAGGUGCUCGGCCCGUACCCUGUGGGACUUCAAAGUGGCGCCGCCGCUGCUUUUCUCCGAGAGGAAUACUUGAUGGCCCAAGAGAUGCCAGGCUACGGAUUUGUAGCCGCCCAGCAAUACAAAUGCGGUUCUACAGGAGCACAACAUGCUGCCUUGCAAUGCUUGGAAGGAGCCGACGAUCUUCAAAUCCAACACUACAAUCUGCAUCAACAACUACCCCAAAAUGUGUUAUUUGGCUUUACUGCCGCCGGUUUCGAUGCAGGCGAUCUGGCACCACCUUUUUGCGAGUUCGUCGCGGCGACAUGCCCUCCACCUUCGGCUUUCCUGAGACCCAAGUGUGCGCUCUGGGACUGCCCCAGGCCUGCUCGGGGAUCAGAAUGGUUCCAAGACUACUGUAGCAGCUUCCAUGCCACUCUGGCACUCAACGAAGGUCCUCCUGGUACGUCUCCGGUGCUCCGCCCUGGUGGCAUCGACUUGAAGGAUGGCCCCCUCUUCGCUGCCCUCGUCGCCAAAUCACAAGGGAAGAACGUCGGCAUUCCAGAGUGUGAAGGAGCAGCGACCAACAGAUCUCCAUGGAACGCGCCUGAGCUCUUUGAUCUCUUGGUCCUCAACGGUGAAUCGCUCAGAGAAUGGCUCUUCUUCGACAAACCUCGAAGGGCAUUCGAGAGCGGGAACAGGAAGCAACGAUCGUUGCCGGAUUACAACGGGCGUGGUUGGCAUGAAUCGAGGAAGCAGGUGAUGAAGGAGUUCGGAGGGCUCAAGAGGUCCUACUACAUGGAUCCGCAGCCGCUGAGCCAUUUCGAGUGGCAUCUCUACGAGUACGAGAUCAACGACUGCGACGCGUGCGCUUUGUACAGGCUCGAGCUCAAGCUGGUGGAUCCGAAGAAGAGCGCCAAAGCGAAGGUGACAAUCGAUUCGAUGGUCGAUCUGCAGCAGCAGAUGGGGAGGCUUAAUGCAGAGAACAAGGCGAUGGAAAGCAAGCGAUACGCCAAAGGCAGGCCGAGGUUUCACUACAAAGACUCUGCUGAAGCCAUGUAUUCUGCUUCGGAUUUCAUUGGCCGUAUGGAAGAUGGUCAGAGUCUGCAUUCGUCUCUGGAACAGGAAGCUGUUGCCGAUAAGUUGCAUGGCUAUUUUGGCACAUGACUCGGGAGAAUCGACUUCGUAGUUGUGUUUGUUGCCUCACAUUGUACAGGCACUGUUGCCGAGGAAUACAUUGACAGGAAGGAGAAGAUGUGCCAUGUCUUUGAGCACUUGCAGUGUAGAAGAGACUGUGCAAGUAAUUCUGCUACUGAAGCUUCCGAAACAAGCCAUCUGCUGUUGGUAUGAGAGUGUCACGAAGGAAUCAGAUGCCUAACAUCAAAUGGGCAGUGAUUUGUUCCAUCAAAAAGAUACUGUUUUUCUA